AUGUCUGCCCCUAAAAAAUCAUCACAACCCAAUGAGUUGGUGCAACUAAUCUCGCAAAUACCACCUGUGACACGGUUUGCGUUACUGGCAACGUUUGUUAUGUUCAUACUAGCAAGAUCGGAAUUGGUGUCUUUUCACUGGUUUUUUUUUGAGCCUUACCAUACGUUCAUGAAACUACAAUUAUGGAGAGUAUUCACUGGUUCUUUCUUUCUGAUGAAGAAAUCUAAACUGGGAUUUGUGAUGGCUUUAUUUCAGUUUUACAAGGACUCUUCAAACUUGGAAACCUUCCAUUUUUACGGUAAAAGCCACGCUGAAUACGUUUAUGUCUUGUCCUUUUUGAUAUUUGGUGUAGUAGCAACGGUUACUGCUUUUAGAAUCGAGCCCUCCGAAUUUGUGGCGGAAGGGUUUAUGAUGGCAUUGGCGGGCCUAUGGAGUCUCAAAAACUGGAACACCCCUUCAAUGUUCUAUGGUUUGUUCUCCAUUAGAGGAAAAUACAUCCCUUUGGUAAACAUGUUAUUGUCAUAUCUUUUUGACGACCAUUUCGCCACCUUCCCACUCAUUGUUACGGGGCUUUUCGUCGCCUACGUUUACAAUUGCCUCGAUACCUGGUCACUGGGUCCGUUUUAUGGAUUUCUCCGCGGCAAGGCACACAGGGGUUACGGACUUGUGAAUGACGGCCAAUUUCGCGCUCCUUGGUGGUUUAAGGGCAUUUGGAACUUUUUUGCCGAUAAAAGAAAGCCCACGGCCACUGUGGUUCGCGACAAAACUCAAAAAUACCAAGGAGAGGGUCGUAAACUGGGCAGCAAGAGCAGUUCAGACGAUAUCAGCUCAACUAACCUAGCUACGGAGAGCCUUUCCCGCCAAAAUUCCGAAACUAAAUCCACAGCGUUUUCGACAGGGGCAUUCCCAGGAAAGGGUCAGCGAGUGGGUGCCUAA